AUGGUGCGGCGUGUGGCUGUUAUCGGGGCCGGGGUUGGUGGGUUGGCCUCCAUCAAGUGCUGCCUGGAGGAGGGGCUGGAGCCCACCUGCUUCGAGAGGAGUGAGGACAUUGGGGGCCUCUGGCGCUACACGGACUCCGUGGACAGCGGGAGGAUCAGCGUGUACCGCUCAGUCAUCACCAACACCUCCAAGGAGAUGUCCUGCUUCAGUGACUUCCCCUUCCCAGAGGAUUUUCCCAGUUACCUGCCCCACAGCCUCCUCAUGGAGUACUUUCGGAUGUACGCCCAGCACUUCAACCUCCUGCGGCAUAUACGCUUUAAGACAACAGUUCUCAGUGUAAGGAAACGCCCAGAUUUUGCCACCUCAGGACAGUGGGAGGUGGUCACAGAGGCCAAUGGUGUCAAGGAGUCACACGUCUUUGAUGCCGUCAUAGUUUGCACCGGCCAUUACCAGGAGCCCUACUUGCCAUUGACUUCUUUCCCAGGUAUCAAGACCCACUUCAAAGGCCAGUACCUCCACAGCCGGGAAUACAGAGACAUGGAGGCUUUCCGGGGAAAGCGGGUCCUCGUGGUUGGCAUUGGCAACACGGGUGGUGACCUCUCCGUGGAGCUGAGCCAUGUGGCUGCAAAGGUGUUCCUCAGUGCCAGGAGCAGCACAUGGGUGUUCAGCCGGGUCUCAGACCAUGGCUUCCCCUUCGACAUGGUCAACACCACUCGCUUCAACCACUUUCUCGACUGGCUUCUGCCCUCAGCACUCACAAAGAGGAUCAAGUUUCGGAGGCUCAAUUCAUGGUUUAACCAUGCAAACUACGGCUUGGCUUCCACCAAAAGCUCCAAAUUUAAGUUCAUUAUCAAUGAAGAGCUGCCAUUUUGCCUCCUCUCUGGGACCGUCAUGUUGAAGCCACGUGUGAAGGAGUUCACUGAAAGUUCCGCUCUUUUUGAAGAUGGGACAACCGAAGAAAACAUUGACGUAGUGCUCUUUGCCACGGGCUACAUCUUCUCCUUUCCCUUCCUCGAGGAGUCAGUUCGCAGUCUCUUUGAUGACAACCGUUCCCUCUAUAAAUGCAUCUUCCCUCCCCAGCUGGAAAAGCCAACGCUGGCCAUCCUCGGCUUGAUCCAGCUGACCGGCUCUUUGAUGGUGGGAACAGAAAUGCAGGCUCGCUGGGUGACAGGGAUCUUUGCAGGCUGGAACAAGCUCCCUCCUGCCAGCAGGAUGAUUGCUGAUGUUUUGAAGAAGAAGCCGCCAGUCAAAAGGUGUGUCCUGAAGAAUCCAUCCGAGGAGGAGAACUUGAAGAUGAGUUUUAUCGGCUACACUGAUGAAAUCGCUUCGUGCGCUGGUGUAAAGCCCAGCGUGCUGAGGCUGCUCCUGACAGACCCCCGCCUGGCUCUGGCCAUCUUCUUUGGCCCCUGCACUCCCUACCAGUACCGACUCAUGGGACGGGGCAAGUGGAGUGGGGCCAGAGAUGCCAUCCUGACUCAGUGGCAACGGACACUGAAGCCCUUGAGAACUCGUGUGGUGGAUGACUCCUCUCCUGGCUGGUGCUGGAGCUGCCUCCUGGCCUUGCCAGCAGCUUUGGCAGUGGGGUUCCUGCUUUCUAAAUACCCCUGGCAGGGCUGGAGCCCCCGAGCAGGUCCCCAGCUGUAG